AUGUAUACCCCUUUGGGUGGCAGCGGUGCCAACGAUCCCCACAAUCGCUCCUGUGGUGGACGUUUUUGGUGUGUCAAAGAUAUUUGUGGCAUAUUUUGUGCCGUCCUGACAUGGCUGCUCAUCUUGUUUGCCGAGUUUGUUGUGAUGCGUGUCAUACUCCUGCCCAGUCCACAUCCAGUCUUCAGUACCGUGAAUACCAUUAUAUUUCAGGCAUUGGCAUUUUUGGCAUUUGCCUCACAUAUCAGGACCAUGUUAUCGGAUCCGGGUGCCGUUCCUCGCGGCAAUGCCACCAAAGAAAUGAUCGAACAAAUGGGCUAUCGUGAGGGUCAAAUGAUAUUCAAAUGCCCAAAAUGUUGCAGUAUUAAACCGGAUCGUGCCCACCACUGUUCCGUCUGCCAGCGGUGUAUACGAAAAAUGGAUCAUCAUUGUCCAUGGGUGAACAAUUGUGUGGGUGAAAAUAAUCAAAAAUAUUUUGUAUUAUUUACGUUCUACAUCGCCUCAAUAUCGGUACAUGCAAUAUUUCUGGUCUUAACCUCCUUUGCCGAAUGUGUGCGCAAUGAAUGGCGCCAGUGUUCACCGUACUCACCGCCAGCUACAAUAUUCCUUUUACUAUUCCUAACGUUUGAGGCAUUAAUGUUUGCCAUAUUCACCAUUAUAAUGUUGGCAACACAACUGACGGCCAUACUCAAUGAUCAGACGGGUAUCGAACAAUUAAAAAAAGAGGAGGCCCGCUGGGCAAAAAAGUCCCGACUAAAAAGUAUACAAUCGGUUUUUGGUCGUUUUUCGUUGGCAUGGUUUUCGCCGUUUACAAAACCUACGGGAAGGCCAAGAUUCAAUUCACACUUUUAUUCGGUUUAA